AUGCUGCGAGGGUCUCAUCUACUGCAUCACUUCGCAGCAACUCCACUGCGUCAUCCCGCGAUCCUCUUCAACUGCUGCUUCACCAUCCGCUCCUUCUCUGCAACAAUAAAAUAUGAAGAUAUUCACGACGACAAGAAGCUGGACGGAUUACUCGAGGACUUCACCGACGAGAUUGACGAGGAGGCUGCAGAUGAUUGGACGCUGGACACUCGUGACGGCGUUGAAGAGCACGUGAAGCAAAAGGUGCGCGUGCGUCGAGCGCAGCACUCGAAUCGCCGCUUUGUGGACCGCAUUCGCGUCAAGGCGACUGGUGGGCACGGUGGAAAUGGCUGCGCGAGCUUCUUCUCCGAGUCGGCCAUGCGCAAACGUCCGAAUGGAGGACACGGCGGCGCGGGAGGAGACGUCGUGGUCGAAGCUACUGACAAGAUGCAGGACUUGAGUAGUGCGAUGCACCACUUUAAGGGUGGAGCAGGAACAAACGGCUUCCCGAACGAUUCUGCUGGUAGAAGAGGCAAGCAUUGCCACAUGAAGGUGCCGUGCGGUACGCUGAUUAAGCGUGUGGAGCGCUACGAGCGUGAGUUGGAGAACGGCGAGUAUGAGAUUGUGGAUAGGAUGGAAGCCGUAGCCGAUCUGGACAAACCUGGUGCUACAUUUCUAGCUGCUAAAGGUGGCAAGCCGGGACUGGGGAAUCGGAUCCUGGCAGGCAAGACGACGAAUUUCGGUCGUCUACGCAAGCACAUGCCGGAAAGCAAAACCACCGGUCAACCCGGCACCUCUCAGUAUUACGAGCUGGAGCUUAAGACUAUCGCUGAUGUCGGUCUUGUAGGCUACCCGAACGCGGGAAAGUCAACGUUGCUAAGUGUGCUGAGUCGCGCUACACCGGAGAUCGCCGCUUACCCUUUUACGACGCUUCACCCGUAUGUGGGAAUCGUGGAAUUUCCGGACACUUUUCGAUUGAGCGUGGCUGAUAUCCCGGGGCUUAUCGAUGGAGCGCAUCGCAACGUUGGUCUCGGCCACGAUUUCUUGCGCCACAUUGAGCGCACUAAGAUUUUGAUGUACGUUCUUGACACGGCGGGCUCAGAAGGACGCGAUCCUUUGGAUGAUUUUCGACAUCUUCAAAGAGAACUGGAGCUGUACGCCCCGGGCAUCUCGUCGCGCCCUUCCCUGAUUAUUGCUAACAAGAUGGAUCAGCAUGGCGCCGAGGACAAUCUUUUUAAGUUGCGUCAUUUUACCGAUCUUGCUGUGCUUCCAGUCAGUGCGCUCCAUAAGGUUGACAUUGAUACGAUAGCACGCACGCUCCGCUGGAUGAUUGAGAGCUACAAUAAGCUCACAAAGUCAAUAUAG